AUGCCUCCUCCCGAGUUCCAAACCAUCCUUGCCAAUCUUCUCCAACAACCGGACAACAAGACUUGCGUCGAUUGUGACGCACCUGCCCCUCAAUGGGCUUCAGUUAGUUACGGGAUUUUCUUUUGCUUGAAUUGUUCGGGAUCCCAUCGGAGUCUAGGCGUUCAUCUCUCCUUCGUCAGGAGUGUUUCUUUAGACAAAUGGUCUGAGGACCAACUCACAAAAAUGAAAUUAGGUGGGAACGGUAAAUGGAAAGAAUGGUGUAAGGAGCAUGGAGCGGCGGAGAACUACAAUAGUGAGAUGACGAUUCCCGUACUUUACAACACGCAUUUUGCGGCGCAAUAUCGAGACAAGCUAGCAGCGGAAGCGGAAGGCCGAACAUGGCAGCCAUCGGACACGCCGCCCACGUUGGUGUUACCCGCUGACCCGGAGGGCUCGAUGGGGCUGCGGAAGCCGCGAGGACAGCUGGGCCAGAAGCUUGGAAUGUCUCCCCGUACCAGCUCGGCGGGCUCGUCACGUGCAGGAACGCCGGUGGGGACGAACCGGAAGGCGGAGAACGAGGCGUAUUUCUCCUCCUUAGGCUCGGCAAAUGCCCAACGCUCCGAAGACCUCCCUCCGUCCCAGGGAGGCAAAUAUGUGGGCUUUGGGAGCUCGGCGAGCACGAAUGUCGGCGGCGGAGGAGACGGCUGGGAUGAUGCUCCGGCGGUCCUAAGUAAGGGCUGGGGAUUCCUGAGCUCGACGCUUUCACAAGCGACGAGGACGCUGAACGAGGCCGUUGUCAAGCCGGCCCAGGAGACAGUGAGCGACCCGGAGCUCCAGUCGCAGGUCUGGUCCUUGGCGAGCCGGUUCCAGAGCACGGUGCUCGAGGCCACCAAGGUCGGCUCGAGCUAUGCCGCCGAGGGCCUCAAGGUCGCCUCCCAACAGGCCAAGGCCCAUGGCUACGACCUCGGCGGACUCGGCAGCCAGACCCUCGAAGAAUUCAGUCGCCAGCAGAACCAUCCGAAUACGAGCUCCGCCGACUACUCCCCGAUCGAUGGUAACUUUCAUCUCGACCAAGAUCCUGACGAACACGACCAACACGAACAUGAGGAUGAGAGGGACGAUAAUCUGCAAGGCUACUCCCACCACCAUGACGACGGCGCAAACUACCAAUCUCUCUCCUCAAUCGCGCCCCCUGACGAAAACGCCUCUGCUUCUAAUAAAGAUUGGUCCAAACUCGCCCCGCUCACUGCUGCUCGGCUCAAAUCUCAGGCUAACACUACUAAGCCCACUGAGAAAGCUGAGAAAGCCAAGAAACCGGCCAACGAUGACGGCUGGGAUGACUGGUGA